CCUCAGUACCACCUAUAAGCUAAGCAAAAAUUGUAUCUCUAUGUAACUUUUUCGCUGUGCAGUUUUUUUCAACUAUUCGACUUCAAAAUCGAUUAAUCGACGACUUUUUUUUUAUCGAAAGUCGACUUUGGGAUCUCUAUAUUGCGGAUGAUGAAGAGGCAAUAGAAACAAACAUGAUUUUUAAACGUAUAUUUGACGAGAAACAUAUAUUUACGACUAUAAAAAAUUUUUCGAAGGCUAUUCGCUGUCUUACAUCAUUUAACGCCAUGAAAUACUUGAAUCAAACAGAAGCAAUAAAUGUUGAUCAGGAACUAUUCAACGAAUAUAAAUUUAGUGUUGAUCAACUUAUGGAGUUGGCCGGCUUAAGCUGUUCCCAUGCCAUAGCAAAAUGUUUUGCAGCUAAUGAACAUAAACGCGUUCUCGUCUGUUGUGGCCCUGGUAACAAUGGUGGUGAUGGAUUGGUUUGUGCUCGGCAUCUUUCCCUAAUGGGUUAUUUGCCAAAAGUGUAUUAUCCAAAACCAACGCCAAAUUCAUUAUAUGAGAACUUAACACACCAGUGCAAGGCAAUGAAUAUAGAAUUUUUGGAAACCUGUCCACCAUCAGAGCUGCUCAACAAAUCCUACGAUUUAAUAGUAGAUGCAUUGUUUGGCUUUAGCUUCAAGCCACCGGUAAGGGAAGCAUUUGUGCCUAUAAUUAAGGCGUUACAAGAAACAAGAUUACCCAUAGCCAGUAUCGAUAUUCCCAGUGGCUGGCAUGUUGAGAAUGGAAAAAACGACGAAUGUUGUUUCGAACCAAGUCUUUUAAUCUCUUUAACAGCACCAAAACUUUGUGCUAAGUUAUACAAAGGCCCUCAUCACUAUUUAGGUGGGAGAUUUGUACCGCCGGCUUUAAAGGAAAAGUAUCAACUGGACUUGCCCGAAUAUCCAGGAACCGAGACAUGUGUAAAAUUGUAAAAACUACUCUUCAAAUUAAAUUAUUGCUAUCUAUAUAUUAUUUAUAUAUAUAUUUACAAGUUUGUAAUAAAAAUUUCAUAAAAUAACGCGAGGAAUUAA